GCGUCUGAAACUGGUCUUUGUACUAUGCUCUGCAAUAGAAACACAGUUACCUCUCCCCUUUCAUGCAGCUUUCAUUUGUAGUGAGAUUCUCUCCCAGGCCACAAAACACUUCCUGCUUGGAACCUAUUUACUAAUUCCCACAGCUUUUAAAGCCCUGCACUGAAAAUGCAAGCUCAGGCGCCGAUGGUCGUGGUUACCCAACCUGGAUUCGGUCCCGCAUCCCAGAACUCCAACUGGCAGACAGGCAUGUGUGACUGCUUCAGCGACUGCGGAGUCUGUCUCUGUGGCACAUUUUGUUUCUGGUGCCUUGGGUGUCAAAUUGCAUCUGACAUGAAUGAAUGCUGUCUGUGUGGAACAAGCGUCGCAAUGAGGACUCUCUACAGGACCCGAUAUGGCAUCCCUGGAUCUAUUUGUGAUGACUACUUGGCAACCCUUUGCUGUCCUCAUUGUUCUCUUUGCCAAAUCAAGAGAGAUAUCAACAGAAGGAGAGCCAUGCAUGCUUUCUAGCUUUCUAAGCACUGAUGGUGAAAAGUUCUAACUGAAGCAACAAAAAUCAGCAGACACCUCUUCAGCUUGAGUUCUUCACCAUCUUUUGCAACUGAAAUAUGAUGGAUAUAUUUAAGCACAAUUGAUGGCAAGAAAAAAGUCAAAUUUUUGAUUUUUUUUUUUUUAAUGAAUCUUGUCCCUGAGCUUAGCUAAAUGGUCUAGCUUAGUUUCUCCUUGCUUUCAUAUUAUCAAUUUACCUGGCUUAUAAACUUUCUAAAUUACACUUGAAAUAUAAACCAAAUAAAAGAUUUUACUGA